UAUCGACUUGUUUCGCCUCCGUUUCCGUCGUCGAAGCGAAGGAUCGAUCCGAAGGCUUCAGAUUUCGAGGAAGUUUUUUUUUUAAUCGAUUUUUGGAUUCUUCUGUUCUUCGCGCUUGAUCGGAGUGGAAGGCUUUCCGGGGAGAUAUCGCGGUCCACAUGGGCGAGUCGGAAGAGGUUCUGAAGUUGGAGAGCCCUAGCACUGACUCUCAGUUGGUGGGUUCUCUAUCAAAUGGAUGGACAGAUGAAAAGCAUAUAACAUUUCUUAAUGACAUUGAAUCCUCUUUUGUUAAUGAGCUAUACAAUGAGAAAUAUGAUUCCAGUGCAUGUCACAGAUGGUUAUCAAGGAUGAAAAUGCACAAGGGAUCUUGUGGUCAAUGUGAAAGUGAUAAAAAACCUGGUCAGUUAAAGGUAUUGCGUAUGGGUUGCUGGGAGAACUUUGUUUAUGAUAGGAACGAGAAUGAUGCAGAGACUGAGACUGAUUUUAUACCAUUUUCUGCAAAUCCCUGGAUUCAACAUUUUCGACCAACAAUCAUAACUAAGGAGAAGUGUCUUUUAUCAUCUGACAAGAUUGAUAAUUCUCAUCUCAUUGGACCUUCAGUUCAUCUAGAGAAUGAUGGGCAUUAUGGAGAAGUAACAAGCUCAAAGCAUAACUGUUGUCAAGGUUCUGUUGGCAGCAGUGCAGAAGCAUCAGACCAGAACUUUAUUGAUGAUGAGCUCAUAUCUGAGAAAAGAAGUUCAAUAAGCCGGAAGAGGAGACUGGGGACUCGAGUAGUUCAUGAUUCAAUCAAUGAUCAACUCGUGCCGUCAAAGAAAGCAUCUACAAAUUCAGAAUCCAACAGCAGAACAUGGGAAGUUGAUUCAAUCCUAGUGCUCUCUGAAACUGAAGCACCGUCAUGUGAUGACGAGGAGGUGAACAGUUGAAUUUUCAGAAUAGCAACGGAAGCUUAUGGUGUACACAUAGCAGCAGUACAACUAAUUUGUGGAAGCUCACGCUAUCAUCGCAAAGUAGCAUGUCAAUGGCUGGUCGGUGGAUUCAACUCCUGAUCUUUCUAUUAUUGUUCAUCUUGAGAAGCAAUCUUUGUUGAGCUACGUGUGUUUAUUUUUUGCUGAAGAAUUCUGUUUCUUGUUCUUAUGUUAUCACAAUAUUUCUGUCUUCCCUUAGCGAGCAGUAUCCACUAAAGAUGAUUCAGUAAUGAAUUCAUAAAGCAAUCAUCUCAAAGAAGAUGAUUCAUUUUA